GCGCGUACACACUAGCGUAACAAAACAGUGAACAUGUAACACUUCAAAGUUCGACAAAAUGUUACAAUAUAUAAAUUAAACUUGUAACUUGUAACUUUAAAUGUAUCUGUAACAUGUAACAUAAUAAUUUUUCCAUUAAAAGACGUCAGUGUUACUUACACAGUGUCCGAGUAUAGACACAAAUCAUGUCUCUUCAAAUAGCUGCUGCUGCAUACAUUUAUAUUCAUCUUGCUUUGAAAAAGAAGAAUAAAAGACGAAGACGAUGGUGGACAACACACUUAUAUACUGGACGUGAAAAAACUGGAGGAAAUACUUUAUUACAAGAUUUAAGGACUCAAGAAAUAAAUGGACAAUUUCAAAAUUUUAUGAGAAUGACAUCAACAGAUUUUGAUUUGCUUAUAAAUUUGAUUGCACCUAAAAUUGCUAAAAGUGAAACAAUUUUUAGAAAACCGAUUUCAGUACAAGAAAGAUUAGCAGUAACCCUUAGAUUUCUAGUAACUGGUGAAUCAUUCACAAGCUUACAGUAUUUGUUUAGAAUGUCUAAACAAGUUAUUAGUAACAUAGUGCCUGAAGUGUGUGAAGCCAUUAUUGAUGUUUUAAAAGAUAACAUUCAGGUAAAAAUUUAAUAUUAAGAUAAAUUUGUACAAAAUAUAGCU